AUGACCACCAUAGGGAAGCUUGAUGUUGAAGUGAAGGUGCAAUCUACCGCAGAUAAGUUCUGGAAUAGCAUUAUGAACUCUGCGACCAUCUUUCCUAAAGUUUGCUCUGGUCUCUACAAAAACGUUGAAGUUCUUGAAGGCGAUGGACAGAGCGUGGGAACUGUCCGUGUGAUUCACUUUGCUGAAGAGUCGCCAGUGAAAACAGUGAAAGAGAGGAUAGAAGAAGUUGAUGAAACCAAAUAUGAAAGUGGUAUACAACGUUAUUGA